UCAGUCACGUAAAGAUCAUGCAGCCACAACAGAUCAGAGAGGGAUACUUGGUGAAAAAGGGGACGGUGCUCAACUCCUGGAAGGCUUUGUGGGCGGUGCUGUCAGAAGACGGGCUGGAGUUCUAUAAAAAGAAAACAGACCAAUCUCCGAAGGGAAUGAUCCCUCUGAAAGGAGCCACGUUCACCAGUCCAUGCCAGGAUUUCAGCAAGAGGACGCUGGUUUUCAAGAUUACCACGGACCGGAAGCAGGAUCACUUCUUCCAGGCCUCACAUGUGGAGGAGAGAGAGUUUUGGGUCAAGGACAUCAAGAGAGCGAUUACCUGCCUCGAGGGCGGGACAAAGUUUGCCAGGAAGUCCACAAGACGCUCCAUUCGCCUGCCUGACAAAAUCAACCUGACAGAGCUGUACGCACUGAUGAAAGACCAAGACGAUGGAGUAAAAGAGUUAAAACUGGAGCAGGAGAACCGAGUCUUCAACCACUGCUUCACUGGUGCGACGGUGGUAGAGUGGCUGAUUUCAAAGGAGAAAGCGAGAAAUAGGCCUGAGGCCCUGAUGCUAGCAACGGGGCUCCUGAAUGAGGGCUUUCUCCAGCCGGCAGGAGACCUGUCAAAGGAGGGAGCCGAGAGUGGAGAGCACACCGCCUUCUUAGAUGAGACAAUUGCUCUUUAUUACUUUGCAGACAGUGGGUUCUUUUGCGAAGGCUACUCCAGUGAUGAAGACGUGCUUCUGAAGGAAGAAUUCAGAGGAAACAUCAUAAAACAAGGCUGCUUACUGAAACAGGGGCAUAAGAGAAAAAACUGGAAGGUGCGAAAGUUUGUACUGAGAGACGACCCUGCUUAUAUGCAUUACUAUGAUCCGACAAAGGGGGAGGAUCCUCUGGGCUCGAUCCAUCUCCGUGGGUCUGUCGUUUCAGCUGUGGAGUACGUGCUCGAUGCCAAAAAGUAUGACAUCGAUGGCAACCUCUUUGAGAUCAUCACCUCGGAUGAGACUCAUUACUUCUUCCAAGCUGCGACGGCAGAAGAAAGGAAGGAAUGGAUCAAUGCGAUACAGGCGGUUUCGAAAAGUGGGAAAUAACAGUGGCAGUGAGGCAGCCACCGUGACACCUAUCGAUUGUAAAACGCCACGUUGGAAAUGUCUCAGUGUCUGAAGCGGUGCUGUGUCAUUAGAGUAACUAACACAGUGAGGUGCGCUCCCCUGCAGGCUAGCAAAUGUAUGUUAUGAUGUUUUUGUGCAUGUCCACUACCGUUCAAAAGUUUGGGGUCAUCCAGACAAUUUCGUGUCUUCCAUGAAAACUCACUUUUACUUCUCAAAUGAAUUGAAAAUUGAAUAGAAAAUAUAGUCAAGACAUUGACAAGGUUAGAAAUAAUGAUUAAUAUUUGAAGUAUUAAUUUUGUUCUUCAAACUUCAAGCUCAAAGGAAGGCCAGUUGUAUAGCUUAUAUCACCAGCAUAACUGUUUUCAGCUGUGCUAACAUAAUUGCACAAGGGUUUUCUAAUCAGACAUUAGUCUUCUAAGGCGAUUAGCAAACACAAUGUACCAUUAGAACACUGCAGUGAUAGUUGAUGGAAAUGGGCCUCUAUACACCUAUGGAGAUAUUUCAUUAGAAACCAGACGUUUCCACCUAGAAGAGUCAUUUACCACAUUAACAAUGUAUAGAGUGUAUUUUUGAUUAAUGUUGUCUUUAUUGAAAAAACAGUGCUUUUCUUUGAAAAAUAAAGACAUUUCUAAGUGAUCCCAAACUUUUGAACGGUAGUGUAUAAAAAUAAAUAUAGGUGUCAACAUGUCAUGAGAGUAACUGGCGCCGCAUGGUGCGCUCCUCUGUACACUAGCAAAUGUAUGUUAUGAUGUUUUUGUGCACUCAUAAAAAUGAAUAAAUGUAACAACGGUUAAAUAUUUUUUUUAAAAUCGCUUAUGCUUAAUUACAUGUUUGUAUGCAAAUGAUGUCAUAGUAUUGUAAUGUGUGCCAAUGUCAUUAACUCACGAGCACUUUAUUUUCCAGCGUAGAAAAAAAAGGAGUAAUAUAUUGGCCCUUUACUACUUAUAAUACAAAUAAUAUUGUUUUAAAUAAUAUUAAGUGUGGAUUAAUUAUGUUUUGUCCCAUUAUUACCUCAAGAUAUUUGACCCUUGUUAAGAUACUUGUUAAUGUUUUGUUUUUGUUUGAGUACCAUUGUGUACGUACAAUGUGUACAAAUUUUCCUGCAUGUGCAUAUCUCGAAAACCAAUAAAAGAUUUGAUCACAAAAAAAAAGAUA